UAGCGGGUAUCUUAAUUCUAAAGGUAUUAUGGUUAAUGUUGUUAAUUAGUUGGAGCAUUUGGAUGCGCGGAGGAGAAAAGAAGAUGGGUGCGGAAGGGGAGAACGCCCAACACAGCUCACGGAUCAUGGUGUCAUGGGUAAUCGGGGGGCUGCUAAUAGGGGUGUCAUUGCUGGGUUUCCGUUUUGCUUUGCCGAAGAAUAAGAAGAAGAAAAGGCCGAUAAGGGUUUACAUGGAUGGGUGUUUCGACAUGAUGCAUUACGGCCACUGUAACGCCCUGCGCCAGGCUCGAGCUCUAGGCGACCAAUUGGUCGUAGGCGUUGUUAGUGAUGCCGAAAUCACUGUCAACAAAGGCCCUCCAGUUACUCCUCUUAACGAGAGGAUGAUCAUGGUUAGUGCUGUUAAAUGGGUGGACGAAGUCAUUCCUGAUGCACCCUAUGCUAUCACGGAAGAUUUCAUGAGAAAAUUAUUUGAUGAGUACAACAUUGAUUACAUUAUUCAUGGGGAUGAUCCCUGCAUUCUUCCAGAUGGGACUGACGCAUAUGCCCUUGCUAAGAAAGUUGGCCGUUAUAAGCAGAUUAAACGUACUGAAGGGGUAUCUAGCACUGAUAUUGUUGGGCGUAUGCUUCUUUGUGUGAGAGAGAGGUCAACCGGGGAUAGCCAUAACCACUCAUCUUUGCAACGACAAUUCAGCCAUGGUCACAGCCACAAAUCUGAAGAUGGUGGCUCUGGUAGUGGAACACGAAUAUCUCAUUUUCUGCCUACAUCUCGUAGGAUUGUCCAAUUCUCCAAUGGCAAGGGGCCUGGACCAGAUGCUCGCAUAAUUUAUAUAGAUGGUGCAUUUGAUCUUUUCCAUGCUGGUCAUGUUGAGAUUCUCAGGCUUGCCCGAGGACUAGGUGAUUUUCUUCUUGUUGGUAUCCACACUGAUCAAACUGUCAGUGCAAAUAGAGGAGCACACCGUCCUAUUAUGAAUCUCCACGAAAGGAGCUUAAGUGUUUUGGCUUGCCGAUAUGCAGAUGAGGUCAUAAUAGGUGCCCCAUGGGAGGUGUCGAAGGAUAUGAUAACAACGUUCAAUAUCUCUUUGGUUGUGCAUGGCACCGUGGCUGAGGAUAAUGAUUUUCAGAAGGAGAAGCGGAAUCCAUAUGCUGUACCCAUCAGCAUGGGUAUUUUUAAGCUGCUGGAAAGUCCUCUGGACAUUACAACUAGCACGAUAAUCAGGAGGAUUGUCUCAAACCAUGAGGCCUACCAGAAACGAAAUGACAAAAAGGCUCAAAGUGAAAAGAAGUAUUAUGAAGAAAAAACUUAUGUGUCGGGUGAUUGACUGAUUCCAGAAUAUUGGAGAUGAGUUGGAUACUCGAUCAUUUACGAGGCUGUGGACACUUUAUAGGCAAUUAAGAGGGACGUCUCAAUAGUACAAUUUUCUGUAUUUUGCUGACUUGAAUUUUUGCUAGAAGUUGUAGAACGAAAAAAUAUUUAAGCACUACCAUGAAAGCAGAUUGACUGCGUAUUGAACUUUUCA